ACCUGUCCACCCUUUUGGUGAAUCGAACCGACUACGAAUGUAAAAGUAUCGUGAUGAAACUGAUUAAUGUUUAUUGCAUUGUCAUCUAAAUUCAACACUGUGAGUAUAAGUACAGAGUUAUGUCAUCAUAUGUGAAAGCAGGGUCAGUGAGAAAGAUUGGUAGAAAGAAAAGGAAAAUUGAAAAUGAAGAACAAAGCGAAUCUUCAUCCUCUGGAGUUGAAGAAAGUGAGACAACACAGUGCAAAGAAAAAGUGUGCUGAAAGAAAACCAUCAUUUCUAAUAUCAUCUUCAUCAAACGAAUGUAAAACCACAAGCACUUCAGAGGAAAUUGAUGAUAGCACUGACACGAGCUAUUCAGACAAAAGAUUAAGAGAUGGAAGAGAAGGAGUUUAUCUGGCCACUCAAUGGCAAUACGUAGAUUUAAAGAGCAUCAACAUUUUCUACAAUGAAAAACCUGACCCUAUCAAGGAAUUGAUGCAGGAUGUUAAAACUGGCAUUUUAAAAAAUUAUCCAAACUUUCCAAAUUUUGAAAAUAUUGUUGCAAAGUUUAGCAGUUUUACUGAGGAGUGUUUGUUGUUUUCUUGUGACUUUGAUAAAAUAGUUGAUAGGAUCAAGGAUCAAGUUGAUAGGAUCACCUCUAGACAGGUGGGACAGGAUGCUUUAGAAGACGACAUUAUAGAGGAUAUAAGAUCUGACAUAGAGAGGGCAGAGAGAGUUGACACAGAUCUGGAUCUUACUGAUUGGUUGAACAGAAAAUGGUUCCCUGGAGUUAAGGUGCCUCACUACACCUUGAAAAAGUUUCUCAUAUCAGCAGAAAAUUACUUGAUUAUGAUAGAAAGCAUGAUGGAUAAAAAGUAUAUAUGUCAAAUAGGCGAAAAAAUGUGCCGUUUGAUGGUCUAUGUUGUUGUUGUUUUUUUUUAUUUCAGAAGAACAGUAGGGAAAACCAUUGAGGUUGGUGAUCAAUUAAUGACCAGUACUCCAGAUUUUGCAUACCCAUUAGCGUCAGUACAACAAGCAGGACGAACCCUAGAGGAUUGUAGACUGCUGUUCAUUGUUGAGGUAAAAGGGACACCAAUCAACAAUGUCUCAUCUGAAUGUUUGGAAGAACAACUUGACUCUUAUGUUCUUGGGCAGGUGGGAUCUGAGUUAUUUGCACAAGCAAACACCUCUGCAAUGUGUCCAAAUUCCUUGGGAAUGAUAUGCAUGGAAACCAAAUUAAUAUUCGUUUAUCUGAAAAUGCCAAAAGAACAUCGCAACCUAACUUUUCCACUCAGAACUGAAGGAAAGAUUCACUAUACCCGACCUUUCGACAUGAUGAAAGCGGAAGAUAGAGCAGAGGUGUGUGAAUUUCUGUAUUGGCUUGGUUGUGUCCAAAACCGCUAUGGUAGCAAACUCUUCGGAUGAAUACAGGAUCAGAUGUAAUGUUCAAGGAAUAGGCAAGUAUUAUUUACUUAUUACUUAUUAAACUUCUCAAUUAUAAAGUCUAUCUGUAUUUGAACAUUUCAGACAGUUUUCAGCAAAGAUAUGAAAAUUUCAGCAUUAAUGCAGCAAUGUUUCAACAAUUAUUGUUUUCAGGAAGUAUUUACUAUUAACAUUAAUAUUUUUUCAGAAAGAUUUAAGCAAAUAUGCAGGGCUGUAUCAGCAAUUUCAGCGCAUAUAUUUCAGAUGUUCGGCAAUAGUACUUGAACUGAAAAUCAUAAAGGAGUUAAACAAAUAUUCAAAAUAUAAUGCUAGUGUAUGUUAAAAUACAUUAUAUUUUAAAGUCCCUAAAGGAUGAAGUCAGUGGGACCAUAGUCUUUAAGAUAUUUUGGUUUUCCUGUCCUUCUGGUCUUAUGAGCUGAAUGUUUAAAAAAAACACAUGGUAUGGCUAUUUGUAUAGCAUUUGUUAGCUUUUUUGAAUGUUUACCAUAUUUCCAGAACCUUGUGGCAAAAUGUUGUCUUAUUUAUUAUAAAGUAUCCUUGGCCAUACAUCUUCCAUUUGUUAUAAAAUAAAGGAUGUUGCCCUUAAAUGCUUAAGAUAAAAAAGGAUAUGUAAGUGGUGGUUGUUAAAGAAUUGUAUUAAUACCCUGAAGGUCUAAAUGGAAUCUUAAUAAGGAUCUAAGACAUGUAAAUAUGAUGCAAUGGUAAUACUUACAUUUGAAAAAACUUGGGCAUUGUUGUUCAGGUUAGUUUUUUAGCCCACAGACCUCAAAUAAUGCAUUUCUUUUCAAUAUUUUAGAAUUUUCGAAAGAGGCUAUUCUGAAGGUGUGUGCAAAAUGGGAGCAAUUCAGAUGUCCUCAAUAUCCCAUCAAAAUUCACCAUAAAUGGUUGUAUAAAUGGAGGAAUAAUCCUGAUGUCUCCAAUAUCUGAAGAAUUUUAAGGGAUGUGAAAAUGAAUUGGAGUUUGUUAAUUGUGCAACAAAUGAAACAGAAUACUGUGGUUCAAGUUUCAUCAAUUCUUUUUUUGCAAUGUCAUGUUAUAUUUUGUCUUUUUUUUUUUGGUAAUAAAGUGCAGGAAUAACUCCA